AUGCCUAUGCUCAACGGAAAACAAAAUCCUACCUUUAUUGGUGCCAUUGAUCAGGGUACGACAAGUUCCCGUUUCCUGAUCUUUGACACCAGUGGCGAUGUUGUAGCUACUCAUCAGCUUGAAUUCAAGCAAUACUAUCCUCAUCCUGGAUGGCAUGAGCAUGAUCCUGAAGAGCUCAUCAGCUCGGUUGAGCAGUGCAUUGAUGGUGCUGUAGAAGCUUUUGAAGGUCAAGGCCACUCUCGUGAGCAGAUCAAGGCCGUUGGUAUCACAAACCAGCGUGAGACUACUGUUGUCUGGGACAAGACCACAGGCAAUGCUCUGCACAACGCCAUUGUCUGGACAGACACGCGAUCGAAAGAUCUUGUCCGUCGUCUGAAGCGUCGUCUUGGCGCAAGCGAGUUGAUUUCGCGAUGCGGAAUUCCUCUCUCCACAUAUCCCUCCGUCAGCAAACUUCUCUGGCUUCUCGAAAACAUUCCCGAAGUCAAAGAUGCUUACGAGCGCGGUGUUCUCGCCUUUGGAACGGUAGACACUUGGCUCACGUACAAGCUCAACGGCGCAACGGAGCGAGAUGUCUACGUUUCAGACCCGUCAAACGCGUCGAGGACCAUGUUUAUGAAUCUCGAGUCUUUGCAGUAUGACGAGGAUAUUCUGGACUGGUUCAGAAUCGAUGACAAGAAGAUUACGCUGCCAAGAAUCGUGCGGUCGUCUGAUAGCAAGGCAUAUGGCACACUUGCUAAGACCUCGCUCAAGGGCGUCAAGAUCACUGGAUGUCUGGGCGACCAGUCUGCGGCUCUUGUUGGACAGAAGGGCUUCACCCCCGGUCUCGCCAAGAACACAUAUGGCACAGGCUGCUUUCUGCUCUACAACGUCGGUUCCAAGCCCGUGAUCUCAACACACGGACUUCUCACAACGGUGGCCUUUGACUUUGGCGAGGGCAACACCAUGUACGCCCUCGAAGGCAGCAUCGCCGUCGCGGGCUCAAGCGUCAAGUUCCUGGUCGACAACUUUGGCUUCAUCGAGUCGUCGGCCAAGCUCAGCGCCCUCGCGGAGACGGUGGAAGAUAAUGGUGGGUGCACCUUUGUAACGGCCUUUAGCGGCCUGUUUGCGCCGUACUGGAUUGACGAUGCGCGAGGUACAAUCUUUGGUAUCACGGCGUACACGCAGCGCGGGCACGUUGCGAGAGCGACGCUGGAGGCGACCUGUUUUCAGACAAAGGCCAUUCUCGACUCGAUGGAGAAGGACAGCGGACAUGCGCUGACCGAGCUGGCCGUCGACGGUGGCAUGUGCAACUCGGAUCUCAUCAUGCAGACCCAGUCUGAUCUUAUUGGGAUCCCUGUCAACAGACCCGGCAUGCGUGAGACAACUGCACUAGGUGCAGCUAUUGCAGCCGGCUUCGCCGUCGGCAUUUGGAAGAGCUUUGAUGAGUUGAAGGAGGUGAACACCCAGGGUCGUACCAUCUUCAAACCGCAGAUCGCCGAGGAAGAAGCGACGAAGCGGUUUAGUCGUUGGACCAAAGCGGUUGAGAUGUCCAGAGGAUGGGCCAACGAGUAG